GAUGAAUGGCCUUGUUUGUUCGGGGUUUGUUAUAUCAUUCCAACUCGGUGUAAAAGCGUUGCUUCACGGGUUCUACAGCAAAUCAAGUCGAUGGAAAAACCCCUACAAAGUCGUCCCUCUCCAACAUCACGCAUGAAAAUCCACAAUAAACCGCAUCAUGCAUUCUCAAAAGCACAACAUCUCUUACUCCGACACAGUGACAUACCAGCUCGCCCGACCACCAGCGCUUACACACAAACCCACUCCGAACCCUCUCACCCGGGUCGCCUUACCACCCACACAUUAUCCACCCACCCUCGAAGAUCGUUCCCAAGCAAAGCUAGCAAAUCGCACCGCAAAAACGGCCUACCAACAAUCCACCGUCCAUCUGAGAUCCACAGUGGGCUCCGAUCUCCAAUUAAAUAUCCCAAGGAAGCAGAAGCAGAAACAUAAAGGAUGA